AUAUAAAGCAUCCAAUUUUUGUUUGGGAAAGAAAUACAUAAGAAAAAGAAAAAGCCAUUCCAAUAUCCCCCUUUGCUUUGAGAGCCAUGACUGGGAAGAAGGUUAAGCUUGCUUAUAUCACCAAUGAUUCAGCAAGGAAAGCCACCUACAAGAAAAGAACGAAGGGUUUGAUGAAAAAACUAAGUGAGCUGAGUUCCCUUUGUGGUAUCGACGCUUGUUCUAUCAUGUACAGUCCUUAUAAGUCCCUACCCGAGGUUUGGCCUUCCCCCAUGGGAGUCCAACAGGUGCUUUCCAAGCUUGAGACGAUCCCCGAUAUGGAGAAAAGCAAGAAUAUGUUGAACCAGGAGAGUUUCCUCUCCCAAAAGACCACCAAAGCAGCUGAGCAGCUAAAGAAGCAUUGCAAGGAAAACUGGGAAAAAGAGAUGACCCAUGUCAUGUUCAAUACGAUUUGCGGCAAAGGGGUCAUCCAUGGUUUGAAAUUUGAGGCCUUGAGUGAAAUCAACUUGUUGCUCGAUAAAAAAAUGAGUGAUAUUGACAAGAGGAUAGAUGUACUUGCUAAGACACCUAUUAAUCCUCAAGGGGUGUCAUCAUCAUCAUCGUCGUCCCUAAUUCUACUGCCACCGAUGAUGAUGGUAACGCCCGAAGCGAUGCCAAGGACAGGUAUGGAGGAUAUUGUGCAAGCAGAUGUGAACGAAAUGGAUCCAAUGCAAAGGCAACAAUGGAUCAUGGAACUGAUGAGCAACAACAACAACAACCCUCAAGCUCAUGUGGGAGACAAUGGGAUGAUGUUCCAAUUUGGUGACAACAUCAAUCCCAACAAUAGCCUUUAGUCAAAUGUUGUUUUCCCUUGGGGAAAAUGAGAGUUCAUUCGAUUUAUCUAUUUGCUUCUAUUAUGGCCUUUGAUCGAAAGGUAUUUUGCCAUUUUAUGUUAGGAUAGUGUUGUGUUUGUUGAACUUUGCUCACAGAUCAUAAUUUUUCCCCUUCAACUAAAGCACCUAUAUCAUUUUCCUUUUUAGAAUUAAAAAAUUAUGUUUGUUAUUUGAAUUUAAAAUUGUUAUGUUAUUCUCAUAA